AUGGCUGCCGCAGAAGUAUCCCAAACAGUGCCGACGAGCGCAGAUUACGACGAAGCACAAUGCAUAGCAGCACUCGCGCAGCUGGAGCGUAUGAAGCACCAGCUUGAUGACUUGCGACUCACGCUUCCCCGCAUCGUCGAGCCUUUUCACCUGCCCUCCAAGCCUCCGAUGUUCCACGCCUUCAAAGACAAUUUAAUAAAAGCGCAACGCGACAUGAAAACAUUUCGAUCGCAGUGGCACGGCCAGGAGACGCAGAGUAUUCUCGAACACGCAAGGAAGAGCGCGACAGUGAAUCCAGAUUUGAGCGCAGGUGUGCAGGUCCAACAGUACGGCUGGAUAGAGAAGGAGGAGAAGGAAAGAGAGGCCGCAAAUAUCAGCAGGGACGGAGAAGAGCGUGCUGAAGACACAAGCAUUCGCGUCACCCAAGAAGAGCGAGAGAGGGUUGUGGAACAGUGGAGGAAGACAUAUCCAUCGAUCAAGAUGGUGGAGAAGAAUGAAGGCAAACAAUUAUUGAUACCGUUCGUCGCCGACUCUACCAGGAUAUGGUUGCAGCAUACAAGACAGUGA